GCAGCGCGUAGAGUCGCGCGAUAUUCGCACUGGAUACGACGUCGAUUGCGUGAGAGCGAAGCGUGUUAGUUAUUCGCGCGAGUGUGAACACUCGUUAGCAUCCAAGUUGUCAUUUACGAGUGCGCGUGUGUUUUGUUAAAAUGUGAUCGAACGAUUCUUCCAGUUUUGAUUUCGCGACAUAUCUUUCUUCGUUUCUUUGCGACGCUCUGUUGGAGGCAAAAAGUGAAGAGGUCCAAGGAGGUUUCGCACUUCAUGAGGAUUAUAUGCUAAUAGCGAAUAUGAUAUUACCGUGAGCAGCUAAUAACAAUUGUCGGAUUCCGUUUCUAAAAAACGAUAUGUGAGCAUCUUAUGAGUUUCAGAUGGAGAAUCAAGGUUACGAGGAAGAGCAAUCGCGUAUAGAAGAACAAUCCGUACCCAAAUCUUGCCAUCGCGAUCAACAGCUGUACGUGGAUACGAUCGACGGUGACCCUUCCGUUGCGAGAGCCACGACAUAUCCUGAGAGUCAUUUAUAUGAAGAUAUCUCCAUCAACACGGAGAUUUCUACUCAAUUUCUUGAGCAAACGUCCUCCCUUAGCGAGACUCAGGACAACAAUGAAACAGACAACCACGAAAUUCAAGACCAGCAACCGAUAGAUUUCACAAAACAAGCUUGGGUCAACGGAACGUCGUCAAACACGUCUCUCGUGAUUGAGAAGUCCAAUCAACAGAACUCGACAUUGUCCUCCUUGGUUGAAAUCAGCGCGAACUAUAAUAGAGUAAGUUCCUCGCCGCGAGCGGUAUCUAGAACGAGUGAAGAUGACACCGAGGGAUUCAACAAAAAUCCUUGUAGCUUUCAUAGAAAUGUUAAAGAGAAUAUAUCCUCGAUACCUCGGCAAAGUGAAAAUUUUUCACGAGAUACAAUUGUGCAAUCCGAUCGCAGACCAAAUCGCAGACGUAAGAAGAAAGAUUGCAAGCAUUGUAGAAAUAAAUUAAGCAGUGCGAAUACUUGCGAAAAGCUAGAUGAAUUGGUCAAUAACAAAGAUACGAUCCUGAAGGAGACUGGGAAUGAUCAUCGAGAGAAGAAUCCAGACGUAUCCAAUUUCCUGUUUCGUGAUUCGAUCCUGAAGUCGCAAAAUAUCAAAAUUUAUCCGAUGUUGAAUAAGACGAGUUUCCAGGAUCUUGGUACCAAGAAAAGUUAUUCGACUGCAUUUCAUACGUCUGAGAAUGGAUCACGUUUGAUGGAAGAUGCGUCCAACUUUCUAGCAAACGCGCAAAACGACAAAAUGCUACAUAAGAUGACGGAAAGUAAACAGAAUAAAUUGUUGGAAGCGCCGAGGAACAGCGCUCUCUCUGAUAUGAGGAUUAAUUCUAUCUACUCGCAGGAUCGCUGGUAUGACAAGGAUACGUCAAUCUUUUACACCGACUUCAAGGAUCAAAAUCCUUUCCAGAAAGCUUAUUCCUUGCCUGUACGAACACAUACUCCAACUUCGCAGAAUCGUGUUAAUUUACGUCGAAGUGUCAGAAACGAUCCGCCACCGCAUCCUGCACGUCUGGAUAAGCAUCGCCGUGGUUGGACAUUGCAUUUAGCUCGUCCCCUGAAGGCAUCUAAAUGUUCCUGUUCACUCGUACCAUUGCUGAUUAUUGUAUUGGUCCUACUGGGAGUCGCAGGAAUCACAUUAUACAUCGUUUUUGAACCAGAAAAACUCCAAAUCAUUCAGCAAUACCUGAAGUCGUCUACAGAUAAAUUAAUGGGACAGAACAUUACAUCUAGCGAAUCAUUCACGGCUGCAAUCUCGAACGAUGAGCCGAAUUUUACAGACAUGACAAGUAUUUCGACGACUAUAAUGAUGAAAACAAGUAUCAACGCAGUUACCACAAGUGCCCUUUCAAACAGCGACCCAUCAUUUCUAGAGACUUCUUCACCGUCGACAGACAUGGAAAUAGAAGAUAUGAGUCACAACACUAAUGUGACUAGAUAUUGCGACGACUGCUUUGAAGGAGAAGUGUGCGUUGCCCUCGUUGAUGAAGAAGUGCCAACAUGCAAAAGCCCCCAGGACCUCGAAGAUCCUACUGGAUGUGCCGGUUUAUGUGCCAUCAAUCAACAAAAAUGCCAUCGUCUUGACCUAGAUGCCUUCAGAUGCGUGAAGGUGGAACAUUAUUGUCUGGAAAACGAAUGGACCUGCUCUAAUACUUUGUGUAUCCCUAUGGAAAAACAUUGCGACGGUCAUAUGAACUGCUACGAUCAUUCGGACGAGUACGAUUGUGUCUGUAACUUGAAGACGCAUUUUCAAUGCGGUAAUGAGACUUCCUGCCUUCCGUUGGAAAGGAGAUGUGAUGGAAAAAUAGAUUGCUGGGAUGCAACAGACGAAAUUAAUUGCACAUUAGGUCGUAAUCUCAGUUGGUCUUGCCCUCUGGAGAGUGAAUUUACUUGUAACAAUGGCGAAUGUAUAUUAAAAGUUCGCUUCUGCGAUGGGCUAGCAGAUUGUAGCGAUCGAUCAGAUGAACCUCAUGGAUGCCAAGGAAAAUGCAACAAACAUGAAUUUACAUGCCAAAACGGUAGGUGUAUUACAAAAGGCAUGAGAUGUAAUGGAGUUGAUGACUGUGGAGAUGGCACAGACGAGAGACAUUGUAAAGAUAUAUUUACCUAAUUUAAGCACAUGAGAAGAUAUUGACAAUCGGAAAUGAAUUGCAGUAUUUUAAUUAGACGUAAAAAUACAAAUGUGAAAUAUGAAAUAUGAAAUAAGUAUAGUGUGUAACCUAACAAGUAAAUGUAAGUAAUAUAUAUAGCGUGUUGUAUG